AUGUUUGUAUGCAAAGUGGUUUGCUAAAUGGAUCACAAUCCCAUUAUGUACUGUUUGCGGUAUUUUGAUACAUAUGUAAUUCCGUUUUACAAACACAGAAGCCUUCAUAUGGUCUGCUGCGCACGAUCGCAAAGCACCUUGCAAGCGUGUGCUGUCGAUAAGUAACACGCGACUAGAAGGUUUUAAAAUAGUACUCGUCAAGGAUGCAUGCGACUGCAUUGCUACACGUAUGCCACAAAUGCAUUCUGAAUCGGUUCGGUAGGUGUAUGUGUACUUCAUUGCAAGCGUUUGUGUGGCUAUUUCUACAGCGCUCGGUUAAAACAUUGUAGCCAUCUGUAGUCACGCUUAGGAAAAUUAAACUAUUACAUUGUUUGUAUUCACAAUUAUAUAUUCGUUAAAAAACCCGUACUAUGCCAUAUCAUAGAUCAUUGGAAAAGGGGGUGUUUUUGAUUGCGUAUUGAAAUACAGUAACUAUGCAUAAUUAUAUGAAAAUAAUAUUUGAUAAAACCAUAAUGAUUACGGUUGAAAUUUCCGGUUUACACAUCUUUUAACUGUUCGAACUAGUUGUACAGGCAAUCGUAAAUAUGCUGAAAUAAAAUCGCUCUUGCACAAAAAAACGUAAAAUUUAAAAUCCAUCGAACCUGUUUCAACAGAACUGAGAACCCGACACACGUUCCCAAGAUGCUACAAGAAUUGAAAUGUCAAUCAACUGUCAGACGGUCAGCUACUGUUAAAAUUUCAAACAACAACAAACGUAAGCUUUUAAAAACGCAAGCGAAGAAAAAUGGACCAAACUUUGGAUGCUAUUCUCCAAAAGCAAUUAGAUACCAUUCAACGUAUCGAACUGUUUCUGGACAUAUAUAAGUGUAAAGAGUUCGUCGCAGCCGAUCUAAACAAAUUGAAGGAAGAUUCGAGUGAAGCGGCGGAGAAAUUAUCGCGCACCAGGGAAUACAUCGAAACGGACCGAAAGGAUGUGUGUUCACAGUUCAUCAAAAUAAUGCAGAAAAUGCGACGCAACGAACUACUUAUGCUUCAUCUGUGGGAAGUUGGACCACACAGCGAGGCGGCAAAUGCUAAACCUGCUCAAUCAGAUACACCGAAAUCAAUGCCACUCAAGGAGCUGCAGAACGACAACCCCUCGAAAAUGCACCUCACAGACUAUUCUAAAUCUCCGUUUGCAACACGGUCCAAGUCCAAGGAUAUACAUUUUUAUGACUUUGAUGCAGAAAUAACGGAAGAAGAAUUUGAGACGAUCCCCAAGUAUUUGCGGGGUCGCAUGCAACUGUCCGAGCUGAUCCAGUUCCUUGAAAAGGAUGUGAUUAAAUGCUUCGAGGAGAAAUACACGCUUAUGUACAAACAUCGCAAGGCUGUUUCCAACCAGCAUGAUCUUACUGCUUGGAAAGAUUAUAACAGCAUGCAGGCAAAGUUUCCUGAUCAUAAAUUCAUCACGCAGGACGAUUUAUUGCACAAAUCUGGCAAAGCAUUGGACAAGAAGAGCUAUGCAAAGUUACAAAUGCUUCGAUAUCUUCACAUUCUCCAAGAAGUGCGCUCUGAGGGAACAGUGUACUUCCUGUGGAUUUAUAGCAGAUAACGGAUUCGUUUCGCAGAACUCUUUAUUACAAAAUACACGCAAGGUCCGAGACCCGAGGGCCAUCUUACACGUUAAAAUAUAAUUA